UACAAAAUAUAUAUAUGGUAUAUAGUCGCGGUAUAUGGUGUUUAGUCGCGUGUCAUUAUGUUACGUUCUUCGAUAGGUAAAACCAUGCACCAAGUAACACGCAGUUUAUCGACAAUAAAAUGCAAACGAUUGGAAGGAAAAGUAGCAAUUGUUACAGCAUCUACAGAAGGUAUUGGUUUUGGAAUAGCAAAACGUUUAGGUGAAGAAGGUGCUAAAGUCAUGAUUAGCAGCCGUAAAGAAACAAACGUAAAAAAAGCUCUAGAACAACUUAAAUCUAAAGGUUUAAAUGUUUGUGGUACUAUAUGUAAUGUUGGCAAAAGUGAAGAUAGAAAGAAUCUUCUUGAAAAAACUAAACAAGAAUUUGGUGGUUUAGACAUUCUUGUAUCAAAUGCUGGCAUAAAUCCAGCAGCAACUACAUUUUUUGAAACUUCAGAAGAAGUAUGGGAUAAAAUUUUUGAUAUUAAUGUUAAAAGUACAUUUCUUUUAAUACAAGAAUCUUUACCACUUUUAAGAAAGAGUAAAUCUCCAUCAAUAAUUAUUAUAUCUUCAAUAGCAGGAUAUAUGUCAUUUCCUUUCUUAGGUGCAUAUUGUGUUAGUAAAACAGCAUUAUUAGGAUUAAAUCAAGUAGCUGCUGAAACUCUUGCACCUGAAGGAAUUCGUGUUAAUUGCAUUGGACCUGGUAUUAUAAAGACUAAACUUUCGAAAAUGCUUUAUGAAGGUGAAAUAGCAGAUACAAUGUUAUCAACAAUACCAAUGCAAAGAUUUGGUGAACCAGAUGACAUAGCAAAAGUUGCUGCAUUUUUAGCAAGUGACGAUGCUUCAUAUAUAACUGGUGAAACUAUUGUUGCUACUGGUGGAAUACGAAGCAGACUUUAAAUAUUGCUUAUAAAACGACUUGAAUGAUUAAAAUUUUUAUUAAAUAUUCCAUGUA